AAGAGUGAGACACGAAAUGUGAAGCACAUCAAGCUGCUGCUCAGCGAAACCUUUCGAAGGAACGAGCAGUGGAUUCGUACUCUACCGGAUUCUCAGGUUCAUCCAAUCCUUGAGAAAAUACCUUGCUAUGAAGAUGGUGCAAUGGUGAUGCAUGAUUUUCAACUCCUCCUUGGUGAGACAAAGUUUCAGGCCAUCCAAGACAACAUCAUCGUCUUCAUGGAUGCAGUAGAGAAAAUUAUGGAAUCGAAAACAGAGGAGGCCGAGCCAGAGAGGAUGAUCCCUAUAAUUUCUUACGUGGAAAAGGCAACAGCCUUUGAGAAGGGGAAGGGAAGAAAGACUAGGUCGAUCAUCACCAUGAAAGAGGACAUACCAGAUGGUGACAUCAAAAAGGAACUCCACACCCCAAGAAAUGAGCCACCGAAGCUGGUAAUCUUCACAUCAAACAACAAGCUGCAAGCAUCUUUUGUUGUAGCUGAUGGAGUCAGUAUUAUGAGUGAGAAGGGUUCUACUGCCACUGCUGCAAUCCUCUUACUCAUUGGAGUGUACUACCUAUUCGACCUGGAGUACCCAAAGACUUAUUCUCAGCUCCUUGGAACACUCCAGAACCAUGUUGUUAAGGGUGUGCCCUAUGAUGGCCAAAAGAGUGCCAAAUUCAGAAUGUUCCAAACGGCUUUGCAAAGAAAAUUAAAAGCUGUUGCUGAAAAUUAAAAGCAGUUGCAGUAGAACCCUUCUCACCUUAUUUUGUCCAUUACACAACAUGCUGCUUAAACUCAUUAGGCCAAGAAGAAAAAAACAUGUUUUCUGUUACAACACAAAUAUUUAGGGUACUAUAUCUCUUUUCCCCUAA